UGACUCAAGACAGCAUUGGUGUUGUAAACAUAUUUUAAAGAAGAAAAAUGCCUCGAUACGGACAGCUUGUCAUGGGCCCAGCAGGCAGUGGAAAGUCUACCUACUGCAGCAAUAUGGUGAAGCAUGCUGAAAUGCUGAGGAGAACAAUUCAUGUGGUGAAUCUGGACCCUGCAGCUGAACACUUUGAUUACCCUGUUCUUGCAGAUAUCAGAGAACUCAUACACCUAGAUGAUGCCAUGGAAGAUGAAUCUUUGAGAUUUGGUCCAAAUGGAGGCCUUGUAUUUUGUAUGGAGUAUUUAUCACAGAACUUUGACUGGCUCCAAGAGCAGCUGGAAGAAGUAGAAGAGGACUAUAUUUUAUUUGACUGCCCUGGUCAAAUAGAGCUCUAUACACAUAUCCCUGUGAUGAGACAGUUAGUAGAAACUCUACAGAAGUGGGACUUUCGGAUCUGUGGUGUGUUUUUAGUGGACUCUCAGUUUAUGAUCGAGCCAUCCAAGUUUAUUUCAGGAAUUUUAACUGCCUUAUCUACAAUGGUGAAUCUAGAGAUACCGCAUGUGAAUGUCAUGACAAAAAUAGAUCUUCUCAGCAAAAAAGCCAAAAAAGAAUUAGAGAGGUAUUUAGAACCAGAAUUACCUGUAUUACUUGCAGAAGAAUUUGAUGACAGCAGACUAAGUAAAAAAUUUAAAAAAUUGAACAGCUCCAUUGCCAAAAUGAUAGAUGACUACAGUCUGGUGAAAUUCCUGCCGAUGGACAUCAGUGAAGAAGACACCAUUAAUGACAUUCUGAUACAAAUAGACACAGCCAUUCAGUAUGGAGAGGAUUUUGAACCAAAGGAAAUACCUGACAUGGUGGACCCUGAAGAUGGACCUGACUGGGACAGUGGAUUUGAUGGAUAACAGAUUAACAGUGUACUAGUGUUUUAUAUGGUUGUAGUUGUGAGAAUCAUAUCCAAUAAGGAUUAUGUUCUUGUUACAGUUUCUCAUUCAUAGAUCAAUGUACACUAGAUUUAUGUUCUUUUUGCAAAAGAAGGGUGAAAGGAGGAAAUUAUGGAAUGAAGUGACAAAGUAUACAGUUAAUUACUCGUUAAUAUAUGUUUACAGGUUGUAGCUCUGUCAGCUCUGUUGAUAUACUGUUCUGAAAAACACAAAAUAUAUAAAAGGAACAAAUGGUUCAUAUGAAAUA